AUGGCUGAGGCCCAUCAGGCGGUGGGCUUCCAGUUCACCGUGCGUCCGGAAGGUGUAGACCUCAAACUAAGCCAGGAGGUCAUCACCAACAUCUUCCAGGCUGGAUUGACGGCACUGAAGAAGAGAGCCAUUGUAUUCAAGAAUGGUGUGUUGGCCGGCGUGUACCCGGCGAGUCCUUCUAGUUGGCUGAUUGUGGUUAUAGUCAUGAUGAGCAGUUUGUACACGGGCGUGGAUCCGUCACUCGGUGUGAUGCGCGCCAUCCAGGAAAACAUGCCGCUCAGAGGAUAUCUAUCAGUGCAGACCCGCGCGGUGCUGAGCUCAGUGGCGUUCGCCAGCGCGCUCUGGCUCUUCCUCAUCUACCUGCUCAGGUACACCCUCAAAGCUCUGCUCUCCUACCACGGCUGGAUCUUCGAGUCCCAUGGCAAGAUGAGCGCGUCUACUAAAGUCUGGCUGAGUCUGGUGAAGAUGUUUUCAGGGCGCAGACCGCUUCUUUACAGCUUCCAGGCAUCCUUGCCCAGACUGCCUGUGCCCAGGGUUGAAGACACCAUUCAAAGGUACCUGGAAUCGGUCCGUCCUCUGUUGGACGAUGAGCGAUAUAAGCAAAUGGAGAUGUUGGCUAAUGAUUUUAAAGAGUCAAAGGCUGCCCAGCUUCAGAGAUACUUGAUCCUCAAGUCCUGGUGGGCCAACAAUUACGUCAGUGAUUGGUGGGAGGAGUACAUCUACUUGAGAGGCAGAGGCCCACUUAUGGUCAACAGUAACUUCUACAUUAUGGACCUGCUAUACGUGACGCCAACGCACCGGCAAGCGGCUCGGGCGGGCAAUGUGGUACACGCCAUGUUGCAAUACAGACGUAAACUGGAGCGUGGGGAACUUGCGCCGAUGAGGGCUUUAGGAACGGUUCCAAUGUGCUCCACUCAAAUGGAGAGGAUGUUCAACACCACACGCAUCCCUGGCAUUGAAACGGAUUAUGUGCAGCACCUAAGUGACAGGAAGCACUUGGUGGUGUACCACAAAGGUCGCUUCUUCAAAGUGUGGCUGUAUACUGGAGGACGUCACCUUUUACCCAGUGAACUGGAGACCCAGUUCAGCCGGAUUCUUAACAAUACGUCCGAGCCGCAGCCCGGGGAGGUGAAACUAGCAGCGUUGACGGCAGGAAAUAGGGUUCCUUGGGCUCAAGCUCGAGUGAGAUACUUCAGCCAAGGAGUGAACAAAACCUCCUUGGACGCCGUGGAGUCGGCCGCCUUCUUCCUGGCGCUGGACGACGAGCCUCAAGGUUACGAUGCGGCCAAGAGCAGGUCUUUGGAUGCUUACGCCAAAUCGUUGCUGCACGGAAAAUGCUAUGACAGGUGGUUUGACAAAUCUUUCACCCUCGUUUCGUACCCAAACGGCAAAAUGGGAAUCAACGCCGAACAUUCCUGGGCCGAUGCGCCAAUAGUUGGACACAUGUGGGAGUACGUGGUUGCCACCGACUGCUUCCAUUUGGGCUACACGGAGGAGGGUCACUGCAAGGGGGACGUGAACAAAGGCCUCCCUCAUCCCUCUCGUCUCCAGUGGCUAAUUCCCAACGAGUGUCAAAAUUUGAUUGAGACGUCUUACCUGUCGGCUAAAAAGAUAGCGGAUGACGUUGACUUCCACGCAUACCUUUUUAGCGCUUUUGGAAAAGGUCUGAUUAAAAAGUGCAGGACCAGCCCAGAUGCUUUCAUUCAGCUGGCGCUACAACUGGCCCAGUUCAGGGACCAAGGAGAGUUCUGUUUGACAUACGAGUCAUCAAUGACACGCAUGUUCAGGGACGGCCGCACCGAGACGGUGCGUUCGUGCACGUCGGAGGCCGUUGCCUUUGUCAGAGCCAUGGAGGACCAUCAAAACAAGCAAAGGUUGGUCCUGUUUCGGAACGCAGCCAACAAGCACCAGAACAUGUAUCGUCUGGCUAUGACCGGCUCUGGCAUUGACCGACACCUCUUCUGUCUCUAUAUUAUCUCCAAGUACACAGGCGUAGAGUCACCUUUUCUAGAGCAGGUUCUGUCCGAACCGUGGAAGUUGUCCACCAGUCAGACGCCGCAGCAACAACUCAAUUUGGUGGACAUCAAUAAGUUCCCCAAAUACGUUGGAGCUGGAGGGGGAUUCGGCCCAGUAGCUGAUGAUGGUUAUGGCGUGUCAUACAUCAUUAUCGGGGAAAACCUCAUCACAUUCCACAUCUCCUCCAAGUUCUCCAGCCCGGACACGGACUCGCAGAGGUUCGGUCAGCACAUCGACAAAGCCAUGAUGGACAUCCAAGCACUUUUCCAGGCCACAAAUGACAGGACCUUCCCAGUGGAGCUCAACGGCAAGAAGCACAUGUAG